AUGGCUGCUUCACAAGUUCAUGCCGCUCUGCUCGCCUGCUGCGCCUCGCUCUUCCUCCCGUCGUACUCCGGCUGGCCCUUACUCGCCCAUCUCAUCCGUGGCUUCUUCGCCUGCCGGUGGUCGGAGGUCGGCUGCCAGACGCUCCACGAUCGCUCGUCGCGGGGAACGGCCUCGCCGGGAGGCAGCUCGUCGGUGGCAGACUCGUCCAUUGUCCGCCUCAACGCCGCAAAGAAGCGGGCCAAGAAGGGCGGGAGGCCCAAGCUGCCGCACAAGAUUGCGCCUCGUGACGGUCGGCUGGAGCUCAACGAGCGCGAGCUCAAGUCGCUCGACUGCCUCGGCGCACAUCAGAUGCGGCUCGAGUUCCUCUACCUCCGCUCCAACUUUCUUCGUUCGUUCCAGGGCCUGGGCUACAUGCCGAACCUGAAGGUGGUAGACGUCUCGUCCAACUGCCUCGAGUCGCUCGAAUUUCUGGGCGUCCUGCCCAACCUCCGCGAGCUGUACCUCAACGCCAACUCGCUGGUCUCGCUCGACGACCUGCCGACCAUGCCGCUGUUGGAGACGCUCUCUGUGACUCAGAACGAGAUCACCUCGCUGCGGUUCAUGCAGCCGCAGCCGUCGCUCCGGGCCUUUUUCUUCUCGCACAACCUCGUGGAGAGCUUUGACGGCAUGCCGGCCUUUCCCAAGCUCGACUCGCUGCGGUGCGUGGGCAACCCGCUCGAGCGCCACGAGCAGUUUAUGCUGACGGCGGUCAUUGCCUGCGGGCCGACCAUCCGCAAGAUCAACGGGCAGCUCAUUUCGCCCGAGGAUCACGAGCUCGCGGCCUCGUUCUCGGCAGUCACCUCGAUCGCCAUUCGCUAUGGCGCCAUGGUCGGUGACGGCGACCCGCAGAUGUUCCUCUUUGAGAUGCAGAAGCACGAGACGCUGGCCUCUCCGCUCCCGCUCCUCGCCGCCGCCAUCUCGGGCUACCCGCAGGAGGGCGCCAGCCUGCAAGCGGAGUUUUCGUUUGUGUGGGACGGUGUUCGGUACGACAACCUGCAGGAGGGCUACGACGCGGCAACCGGCCUCUACUUUGACUUUCAGUGGCUCCGCGGCGACCGCUCGGGCUACUUUGAGGAAAUCCCGGGCGCUGUGACCGCGUCGUAUGUGGCGACAGCCGACGACGUCGGCUGCUCGCUCAAGGUCGAGUGCACACCGGUCAUUAACGUUGAGGCCGAGGACUUUGGCGAGACCGUCUUUGCCAUCUCCAACACCAUUGUCGCCUCGGAGCCGCGCGCGCUCUCGGCGUCGAUCGAGGGCGAGCUCGUCGAGGGUGCAACAGUCACCGCCGUCACCAGCUACGCUGGCGGCACCGAGGGCGCCUCGCUCUUCACCUGGUUCCGCUGCCCGCCCGACGCCGCGCCCGAGCUCAUCUCGUCAGCCUCGGUCCGCGAGUACACGCUCGUCAAGGAGGACGUCGACUGCACGCUCCGGGUUGAGUACACGCCCGUCCGCGACGACGGCGCCAUCGGCGAGGCCAUCCUCGGCAAGUCGGGCAUCAUCUCGGCCGCGCCGCCGACCGUCCGAAAUGUCCGCGUCGCGUCCGACGCCGGCGACUUUGUCGAGACCGCCGUCCUCCGCGGUCUCGGCGAGUACUUUGGUGGUCGCGAAGGCAUCUCCACCUUCCGCUGGUUGCGCUCCGAGAAGCUCUCGACGCAGAUGUUCCGGCCCAUUCCGGGCGCGACCUCGUCCGAGUACACGACGUCGGCUGCCGACGUCGACCACGUCCUCAAGUUUGAGUACACGCCCGUCAACGCCGCCGGCCUCGCCGGCAUUCCGUCAUCGGCGGUCACGCCGGCCAUCCAGCCAUGCCCGCCGUGCAUCUCCAACCUCCACAUCGAGCCGCACCCCGACGGUCCCUUCCUCGAGGCCUACCCGCUCACCGCCGCCGUCAACUACUUUGGCGGCAUCGAGGGCCGCUCGCAGAUCACCUGGUACCGCCGUCAUAUUGACGACGAUCCCGACGACUGGGAGCUCAUGUACGACGUCCGCUCCAAGACGUACACGCCGAAUCUCGUCGACGUCGGAUACCUCUUCCGCGUCGACUACCUCCCGGCCCGGACCGACGGCAAGCUCGGCAAGCCCGCACGCGCCUUUACCUCGCAGCCGGUCCAGCCGUGUGAGCCGUGCAUUGUCUAUGUUGCCGUCGAGGGCGAGUUUGUCGAGGGCGAGGAGCUGCUUGCCACUGCCGUCUACCUCGGCGGCGUCGAGGGCGAGUCGAGCUGCGCCUGGUACCGCUCCAAGGACGAGGAUCAUGAGGUCUUUGAGCUCAUCGAGGGAACCGAGAACCAGAUGGUGUACGUCCCAGGCUACAACGACAUCAACCGUGUGCUCAAGUUCAAGAUCAAGCCUGCCCGCGAGGACGGCGUUCAGGGCCGGCCGGGCAUCUACACCACGCCGAUCAUCGAGAUGGCCGAGCCCAAGUUUAUCGAGGGCCGCAUCACCGGCGAGCUCGUCGAGCGCGCCACCCUUGCUGUCGAGGGCCUGUACUUUGGCGGCGAAGAGGGUGCAUCCGAGGUCAAGUGGUACCGCAUGCGCGGUCCAAAGAAGCUUGCCCUCUGCGCCAAGGCCUCGUGGACGUACACCCUUACUGCUGACGACGUCGGCUUUGAGGUCAUGGUCGAGGUCCGCCCCAUCCGCUGCGACGGCGUCCGUGGCGACCGCGUCACCAUCCGGGUCCACGGCGCCGUUGCGCCUGGCGAGCCUGCUUUUGAGAGCCUCGCUGUCGCCGGCACCCUCGCCCAGGGCGCAGUCCUCUCCGUCACCGGCGACUACUCGGGCGGCGUCGAGGGCGCCUCGCUCAUCCGCUGGUACCGCGUUUACCCGGGCAUGGAAUCGCUCGCCAAGCACAUUGCCGACGGUGCGAGUUACAAGGUCUCAUCCGACGACCUUGAGUCCAAGCUCCGCGUCGACUACACUCCGAUCCGUGAGGAUGGCGCCCGCGGCGAGACUCUCUCGUACACCACGCCUGUGGUCAAACCCGCGCCGCCGGCACUCGCCUCGCUCGACUGGUUCCUGCCCGAGUCUGAGGCUGACGCCGCCGAGUACGGCAACCCGGACGCGCCGGUCGAGGGCAAGUCCCUGGUACCGGUGGGCGAGUACUCGGGUGGUGUCGAGGGCGACCACGUCUUCGCCUGGUACCGCAUCGAGGACGGCGAGAAGGGCUCGUGCGUGGCCGAGACCCUCGAGUACACCCCUGUCAACGCCGACGUCGGCAAGAUCUUGCUCUUCGAGUGGACGCCGGUCCGCUCCGACGGCGAGAUUGGCGAGACCGUGGCUCUUGCCACCCGUGGCCCGGUCCACCAGGGCGCGCCGCGGGUCUCGGACGUCAGUGCCACUGUUCAGGACCCUUCCGAGCCACUCUCGCUCAUUGUCGGCUCGGGCAUGUACUUUGGUGGCGCCGAGGGCGCGUCGGCCUUUGCCUGGCUCCGGCUCGACGCCGCGGGCAACGAGACCGUCAUCGAGGACGCAACCGAGAUGGCGUACCAGCCAACGCCAACUGACUUUGGCGCCUCGCUCGUCUUUGUUUACACUCCGGUCCGCUCUGACGGCGUAGCCGGCGAGCCGGUCCGUGCCUCGCCGGUCGGCCCUAUCUCGGCUGGCCCGCCGCGUAUUCUCUCGCUCACCAUCGAGGGCGAGCCCAUGGAGGGCGAAGUCCUCCACGCCAUCUUCACCGCCACCGAGAACACCGACCCGUCGCGGGUGACCUUCCAGUGGCUCCGCGCAGGCCUUGCCCUCGCCCGCGGCAACCUCUCGACCUACACUCCGACCGCCGAGGACGUGGCCCAGACGCUCGCCGUCGAGGCCAUCCCCGUCGACGCCGCAGGUGUUGAGGGCGAGCCCGUCACCGCCACCACCCCGCCGGUCCAGUCAGCCUUCCCGCGCCUCGAGGAGCUGACCAUCACCACCGAGGGCGAGUUUGCCCACGACGCCCUCUUCCGCAUCCGCGGCCUCUACUUUGGCCACCCGCAGGGCCCGUGCGAGAAGACUUGGAUGCGGGCGUCCAAGGACGCGCCUUCGCUCUGGGCCGAGAUUCCGGGCGCAAAGCUCUCGCAGUACAAGGGCAACGCCGACGACGUCGACCACCACCUCAAGAUCGUCUUUGUCCCGGUCCGCGCCGAUGGCGUCCGUGGCGAGCCCAAGGAGGCAUUUACUGACCCGGUCCCUUGCCGCGCCGACCUGCGCGCUCGCAUCGAGGCCCACGUCCAGGCCGGCGAAGUCUCGUGGGACGUCAGCUACAAGCCGUCGCCGGCAUCGCCGCCGCAGCCCUGGAUCAUCCUCGCUAACACCGAGAAGAUCAAGCUUCGCGAGCGGACAGACUCGGGUGCCAAGACCCGGUUCAAGGCCCCAUACUCGGCUCAGUCGCGGGUCGUUCUCUCCUACGACGCUCCCGCCGACUUUACCAUCCAUCUCAAGGACGGCGCCUCGUACGACAUGACCUGCGCCUCGCGCGAGCUCCGCGACGAAAUCGCUCUCACACUGCGCCUCUUCCAGGCCAUGACCGACGGCACCGCCGUCCGUCGUGGUUACUGCUGAGUGUGCCUCUGUGCACUGCCUGAGCC